GCGAGGGGCGUGGGGCUGUCGGCUCGGAGAGUGCGGGGUUUCUUCACGCAGAAAGCUGUAACCACGGCGAGAGGCGUGCAGUUUUCUCCGAUAUCCUGAUCCGCAGUUAGGUUUUUUCUCCACCCCUCCAACAAGACGACAGAGCUGUUGCCGAGGAACAGGAGCAGCUGGAGAUCACCGGGGCGGACGUCUACCUACCCACACCCCAACCAGCGACAGGGUCCUCUGGAUGCACCAGACCUUCACCACCUCUCCGUUGCGGAGAUAUCUGGAUGUAUCCCUGCUGGAAAUUCCCCAUCGCUCCCCAGAAAGAGGGUGUGACGACGUCCAAGGGAUCAGUGUCAGUCCGGAGGGGUUGGUUUACAAACAGAGGAGAGUGAUGGAUCCCCCGAGGAGAGACGUGCUGACCAUCACCCCCUGGCUGGCCCCCAUCGUCUGGGAAGGGACCUUUGACCCCUUGAUCGUCGACGGCCUCUACAAGCCCCUCGAUCUGACCAUCGCGACCACUGUCUUCGCGGUCGGCAAGCUGCGGCGGAUGGAGAUCAUCCGGAAGACCAUCGAGGAGCAGAUCCGGCGGGAGGCCAAGUAUAUCUACUGCCUGGACGUGGACAUGCUCUUCCACGACCGCGUGGGGGCGGAGGUGCUGGACGAGCUGGUGGCCGCCCUCCACGCGUGGUUCUACCAAGAGGACCGCAACCGGUUCCCCUACGAGCGCCGGCCGGCCUCCGCCGCCAACGUCCCCCUUGACCAGGGUGAUUUCUACUACCAGGCGGCCGUCUUUGGGGGUCUCGUGGACAAUGUUUACCAGCUGGUCAAGACCUGCGAGGAGAACCUGCUGGUGGACAAGAGGAACGACAUCGAGGCGGCCUGGCAAGAGGAGAGCCACCUCAACAAGUACCUGAUCCGCCACAAGCCCACCAAGCUGCUCUCCCCCGAGUACAUGUGGGACGACAACAAGCAGCGAGGGAAUGAGGUCAAGGUCAUCCGCUUCUCCACGCUCAACAAAAACCUGGCGGAAGUGCGGGACAACUAGACCAGACUAGACGAUUCCGAUUCACCCAAUGCGCGUUGCUCUCCUCCGGGUACAUGUGGGACGACAACAAGCAGCGCGCGGGAGAGGUCCAGCUCAUCCGCUUCCAGACAAUCAAUAAAAACCCGGCGGAAGUGCGGGACAACUAGACCAGACUAGACGAUUCCAAUUCACCCGAUGCGCGUUGCUCUCCUCCGAGUACAUGUGGGACGACAACAAGCAGCGCGCAGGCGAGGUCCAGCUCAUCCGCUUCUCGACGAUCAACAAAAACCUGGCGGAAGUGCGGGACAACUAGACCAGACUAAACGACUCCGAAUCACCCGAUGCGCGUUGCUCUCCUCCGAGUACAUGUGGGACGACAACAAGCAGCGUGCGGGCGAGGUCCAGCUCGUCCGCUUCUCGACGAUCAAUAAAAACCUGGCGGA